CAUGCAGCAGUCACAGGCCACUGCAGUAGUAUCUCUGCCUCAAGAGUAGACGUCAUUAUUAUAGUCUCGUCGUUGAUGCACAAUGGGCUUUUUCAAGUGUUUAUUGCUGGUUGCGCUCCUGGCCCAUGAUGUUGCUGCACAGCCGUCGUGGAUGGGGUUUCAGAAGAUGGCGCCGACAACAACUGCGCCUGGACCACCACCCCAGCUGCCUCAGAGAGCUAAUGCCCUGCCUGAGUUGCACCAGUCCAAGGAGCCUGGGACGCAAGCUCCUGUUGAUACAUGCCACGUGGAAGAGGGCGAGAAGAUCCAGUGCGGCCUGCCAGAGAUCACCGCCGAGCAAUGCUACGCCGUCGACUGCUGCUUUGACGGGCAGCAGUGUUACUACGGGCAAACCGUUACUCUGCAGUGCACCAGGGACGGGCAGUUUGUGGUGGUGGUGGCCAGGGACGCCACACUGCCCCGGCUGGACGUGGAGUCGGUGAUGCUGCUGGAGGCCAACGAGGCCUCCUGCAGCCCGGUCGCCACCACCUCCGCCUUUGCCGUCUAUCAGUUUCCUGUCACCGACUGCGGGACGACGCUUACGGAGGAUGGAGGCUACGUUGUGUACAACAACUACAUGUCUUCAUCGUACGAGGUUGGUAUCGGACCCAGGGGCUCUAUCACUCGGGACAGCCAUUUCGAGCUGAUGUUCCAGUGCAAGUACUCCGGUCAAUCUGUGGAGGCCCUGGUCUUCGAUGUGAACUCUCUUCCCCCCCCGCUGCCUGUGGCGGCCCUGGGGCCACUCAGAAUUGAACUGCUCCUUGGCAGCGGCCAGUGUUACCACAAGGGAUGUAUAGAGGCGGAAGAGGCCUACAGGUCCUUCUACACGGCCGCGGACUACCCGAUCUCCAAGGUUCUCAGGCAGGCUGUAUAUGUGCAGGUGCACAUCUCCGAGAGAACCGACCCUAAUAUAGUCCUCAAUCUGGAGAGGUGCUGGGCCACCGCCGACCCGAGUGCCACCAGCCUCCCUCAGUGGGACCUCCUAGUGGACGGGUGUCCGUACCACGAUGACCGCUACCUGACCGCGCUCGUCCCGGUCUCUGAAUCAUCCGGCCUCGCCUUCCCGUCCCACUACAAGCGGUUCAUUGUGAAGAUGUUUACAUUUGUGGAAGAAGAAACGCUCGCUCCAAGGAAAGAGAGGGUCUUCAUCCACUGUACCACAGCGGUCUGUCACCCCAGUCCAAACAACUCGUGUCAACAGCAAUGCCGCAGGAAGAGAAGAUCUACGACGGGCAAAAAGGUUUCCCCAAACCAAAGGGCCAUGGUGUCUAGCGGCGAAGUCAUACUUUCUGCUGACCAAGCACUCUCGCCAAGACACGCGGGCAAAAGUAAAUCGGCAUGAUUCAUAUGCUGUCAUAACUUUCUUUUUUAAUAAAGUCCAAAAAAAUCA